AAGCUCCGGAACGGGAGAUCACUCUUGGAGGUGCACAAUUCAAUAUCUGUCGAUUUUCUGUUUAUAAGAGUGCACGUCUUCAACAAUUGCCGAUUACUUAAAAAUAAAUCGGUGUCAUUAAAUUAAAGAUGCCGCUACCUCUGAUAAAGUUGGGAGUCUUGUUUUUUAAGCAGAUAAGCAAGCCGAUCACGAAUGCUAUCGUUCGAUACGCCAAGGUGUCGCCAACCUUUAGAAAGAUCUGCUUGUUUCCAGCUAAUGUCUACAAUGUCUAUGAGGUUCAAGUUAAGUCCAGACUUCUUACCGGAUUGGGCAAGGGUCCAAAAAAAGAAGAUAUAAAACCCAUAAGUACAGAUGAGGCCGUUGAGCUAGGAGCUGCAGUAAUGGGAGAAGCAGUUAUCUACCUUUUGGCAGUGGGAAUCUUGUACUGGGAGUAUUCUUACCAACCAAAGAAAGAUGAAGAGAAAAAAUAUGCUGAGAGAAAAAGCGACUUGGAAAUUCUGCAGAAUCAGUUGACAGACCUAUCAUUGAACUUAGCAUCAGUCGAAGCUCAGCUGAGGGAAGCUCAAAGAACAAUUGGUGAACUGGACAGUAGCAAUAGAGUGCUCACAGAACAAGUGUUUUCAAAGGGCAAAAAAAGUACCUGCACAAUCAGUUGACAGACAUUUAAUUGAAUUAUGCAUCAGUUUAGGGAAGCUCAAAGAACAAUUGGUGAAUUGGACAGAAGCUAUAGAGUGCUCACAGAACAAGUGUUUUCAAAGGGCAAAAAAGUGCCUGCAGAAUAAGUUUACAGAGAUUUAAUUCAAUUAUGCAUCAGUUGACUCUCAGCUGAGGGAAGCUCAAAGAACAAUUGGUGAACUGGAAAGUAGCAAUAGAGUACUUAAACAAAUUAUGUUUCUAAAGGGCAAGAGAAAGUAAAUUGCUUUCUAUUAUUUACCCAUAUGUUGUUUUUAAAGAUUAUAUAUGUUUACAUACAAGAUGUAAAUAUUGACCAUACAUUUGUUUCUAUGUUAGUAAAGAAAGGUUUGUUAUUCUUUUCAAACUGUGCAGCUGUAUAGUAAAUGACAUAGCAAGGUUAAAUGCUUCUGAAUGCAGUGAUUUCGCCCUUUCUUAAAUAAGUUCCGGUUAGGGACACUUUCCUAAUAAGGAAAUAAUUCCAUAAUUCCUUAUUGUUGCAGAAAAACUUCCAAAAAGCGGAAAGUCAUGUCAAAAUGUUGAAAUGUGGAAGUGAACAAAUACAAGGGAUUACUUGUUUGUAACAAAGAGCACCUUGCUUGAUUAAUUAAGGUUUAGUAAAACAUUGUUAUCAAUUGAUUCGGACAUUGCUGUUUUACUUUAUAUCAAUAAUAGGCGGGGGAAUUUUUUUAAACUUUUAUUAAAUAAAAAGAGUCAAAAUAAUGAAAAUAUUUUUUUUGAUAUGGAAGCCUCAUUGAUGCCUGCAUUGACCAAAAUAUGACCUUAAGGACACUGUUACUGAUGAAAAUUGCUGACCUGAGUGAGCUACUAGUGUCAAGGAGGCCCUAGAAGUGCAUCAGUCAAGAUAUCAGAUGAUUGAAUAAUAACAUGUUGAUGAUGUUUCAGACAUGAAGAGUGUCAGUCCAAAAUUAGCACUAAAACUAAAAAAUUCCACCCCCCCCAAAAAAAUAUUUAUAUGGGUUUUUCGCAGUUAUGGGCCACACAAAUAAAUAGUAAUAUCUUCAAAUAGGGAUUUUAUUAAAAACCCUAAAAUCUCAAUUUGAAGAUUUUGCAAGGCAAGGCCAAUUUUCCCAAUUUCAUUUUUAUAAGUACCGGUACUUAUAACAAUAGGGCAGAAUAAUCCCUGAAAUGCCUGUGUUACUUUUGAUUGUUACUUUGUGAUCAAACUGUUCCAUAAUAUACACAGUUGAAUUUUUUUUAUUCAUUGAUGUUAUUGUAUAAAAUGUAUCCUGUUGCUGAGCUGAAUAAUAUUCUUGGUACUUCAAAUAUAGGGUGGGGAGUAAAGUAAAAUAACUAAAUGAUAUUUGAUAUUUAAUUUUUUAUAUGAAAACUCAAUUUAAUUACUUUAGUGCUUAAUACAUUUUCGCCUUUGAAGUAGUGCCAAAGAAUAAAUAAUAGUAUUAGUAUAUUAUGCAAUUUGCAAUUAAUUUUAUACUGUUAAAAUGUUAUUGAUCAGAUUGUUUUUUAUACUGGCUUUAUGUUUAUAAUGUAUACCAUUCACCAUGUUAUAAAAAUAGUGAAAAUAAAUAUUUAUUUUAGUUCCUUA